CUGACUGCCCACCUCCAACAAGUGCUCAAGGCGUAUCAACAAUGAUAUCACCAACUCAAAUGCGCCCGUUAACUGAGUACAUGGGUCGACGCGGCUGUGUAUCCGGCAUGUGACGUGGCAGCCUGGUCAACGGAAAUCGAGUUCGUUGCCCUCGUGUCUACGAGAACGAUUUCGAGCAAAUUCCAGGAACCGUCAAGACCCGGCGUGAGCAGGUUCCGAUCCUCACAUCACUUUCUGCGUCUCAAAGGCAUAAAAGCGGUGCAAUCAGCAGACUCUCUGCUCGCUCCUGAUCCAAGAUGGAUAACCACUUUCAUUUCUUGCUGAAUCCCACCUCAGAGUCUUCUGGACCAUCAAGGCAACCUCCUGGUGGCAUGUCACGGCAGCUCACGGGGGAAAGUCAUACAACCACGAGGACCCCAGUCAACGAGCCUGAGGUCAUCGUGUUGUCCGACUCAGACGACGAGCCGACCAGUAAUCAGAAAGCCACUACAAGCACGCGACCUGUGCAGCCAGCAUUCACCGGCAAUGAUGGUUCGGAAAAGCCGUUUGAUGUAGCGCGCGAGAGGAUCCCACCAUCGCCGCCACCACCGUCACCAUCACUACCACAAAGACAAUCACCCCCAAUACCAACAGCACUCCGGCCACUGCAGCACCAUCUUACAAGACCGUCGGCGAUAAGAUCUCUGUUGAACCCGUUAACAAAGCCGCAAGAAGCGCCACGGCAGAAUCCACACCCAGCAAUCUCACGGCCGCAUCACGGAUCAGUAAUGUCAGCAACACAUUCAACAUUGGCAAGAUCAACACCAGAUUCAUCGGCGACUUCGCUGUCAAGACUUUCGGGAAGAUUACCAUUGCAUGUGACGCCGAAUCGACCAACCGGUAUCCCGCCGGUAAAUCCAUUGCCAACAAAUCCACCACAACCACAUACAAUGCCUGUUCACACAGAGCGAGCACGUACCCGUCCAGCGGAUUCGCCACCGGCCCGUCCAUCCGCACCUCCGACUUCCAAGUCCUUUCCCAGAACACAAGCAACUGCUGCCUCACUGAUGCGAGAAAGAGACGAAUCUAUGGCAACCGGGGCCUCUGAAGGGCUCUCAGGUUCCCAGGGUAGACGAUCGACUUCCCGAAACACGUCGUCGGAUUCACAGAGGAGGUCUACACUAUCCGAGAGCUCAGCUCCUACCGCGUUACUUCUUCGAGAAGGAGACGAAUCUAUCGCAACAGGGGCUCCUGAAGGACUGUUAGGUUCUCAGACCAGACGAUUGACUUCUCGAAGCACGUCGUCCGAUUCGCGGAGGAAGAGUACACCAUCCGAAAGCUCAGCUCCUACCAUUGAACAGCAUCCCGAUUCUAGGAACACUGAGCUGUCCACGGCUCGCCAUGAAUCUAGAUCUCACACUCUACAUGGCAGAAAAUCGAGAUCGGCAUCCAGACCUGCGGUUUCCUCCGCCACUGUGGACAGCAGACAUGAGUCGCCUCCCGUCGUGCAAGAUAGACCAAACGACGAUGCUCCUAGUGACAAUGCAGCACCACUCUCCAAAAUUACACCAGAGGUUGCAGACAGCCUUAUUUGCUCCAGUUGUGCUCAAGGGGACCUUGAGUGCGACGGUAGAGUGCCGGCUUGUGGUUCUUGCAGAGAACAGGGAUUGGCGUGCUCAUAUCAAAGAGCACCUAACCCUACAAAGGAACCCCCAUCCUUGCUGGUGAAGUUGAAAGUGAGAAUCCCGGCUGAAAGAGCAGCUUCAGAAUCCACUGAGGGGUCGAGUCCGGAAGAGGAGCGAUCUCAGAGUGAAAGUGUCUAUAGGGAAUCAGAUGAGGACUCGGACUCGGACUCGGACACAGGUAGCACAGAUUGGGUCCAAAGAACGCCACUCACGCUUGUUUUCCGGGCCCCAGAACCACAACAUCCAGACAGCGAACAAGAAGAACCCACCGACCAGCAGUCUCCAGAGGACAGCGUAAUGGAAGACGAAAAAGAUCAAGAUGUCGAGGAAUCGACCAGCGUGGAGGAAGAAGACCGGGAUGUCGAGGAACCGUCCAGUGUGGACGAAGGCUGGGAUGUUGACAACGCCAGUGACUCGUCCGGAUCUUCGAUAUUCUCCGCAGGAGAAACUACCCUCCGUCCCAAUGUUCCGGUUUUCUUCAUGAUGUUGAACAACUUACGUGAACUCUUGCGCGACUGGCAGCAAAGAACCGUUCUGGCCGAUGUCAAGCAGGCCAAGGUCACUGCAGCACAACGUCCCCGUCCAGACCUUGACCCAAAUCUUCCGGACCCUUUUGGGGAGCUCACCGAGCAAAGACGGAGCGUUGGAAAUAGUUGGGAUUCGUCUGCAAAGAAAGACGAAGAGAUAAUUCGGGCACCCCGAAGGCGCCUUUCGGGUGGGACGAAAAUGCUACCAAAAUUCAGGUCCAUAGGCAGACUCAACACGAGUUUCCUUGCACCCAACUACCGGACCGCCAGGUACAGAGCGUACGAUGCCGAAGACGAGAUCGUAGAUCAAGAUGCAUCCAAAAAGUAUGAUGAGUUCGAACAGCGACACAAGAUCGACUUCUUGGGUCUCGCGAAACAGCGCGCAUGCCAAGAGUUGGUAUGGCUCUGGGAGCCCUGGAUCGAAUAUCUAUUCAGUCGCCUUGAGAUGUUCAAGAGCGACAUUCUUUACUUUUAUGUGCAAAAACAGUUUGAACCCGACCGGCAAAUCGAAUUCGACUGGUCAGAGAAUUCACGCGCGGCAUGGAGAAAAGAACAAAAUCGUGCCUGCAAAAUGUGCAGGCUGGCUGAUCGAGAGAGUCGGCGGAGCCAUCUGGCCGAAGACUUCCAACAUCUGCCACGGCCUGAUGAUCGGAGGCUUGUGUUCGCAGGGCUAACGGCCUACGCCUUUCAUGAGCUGGUUGGGUCAAGUCUAUGGCAUGUUGCCCUCGGCGGGAUAAUACAACCGCGAUACGCGGACUCCCAGGCAGCUACGGCGCAAGAUCCCAACCUCUGCUUGAUCUGUUUUCGCCACCAGUGUCCGGACCACGGAGCAUACGAGGAGCCCUCGGAUGACGAGCCUAACAUUAGAAAAUCCCGAGCACUUAUCAACGACGAGGAAUCUGAUCGCAACAUACGCAAGUUCGUGUCGCUGCCUAGGGCCGAGCCUGAUGUUGAAAACGACACUCACCUCUGCGGAAUAUUCUGCGUAGAGCCCUCGACAAGCUUGCGAAAGCUAUUGGGGCGACAGCCCGGCGGGAUGGUCUUUGGCCACAAACGGGCGCCACGAAACUACAAUGAUCCCAAACUGGCAGAUGAUCAGUUGUGCUGCCCGUCGUGCUUCUGGGACGUGAACAACCGCCGUGAUAUUACGGUGUCAGAGGUGAAAUUCCAGCCAUUCAUGUCGCAGAAGCAGAAAGUCUUGGUCGAAAGCCUCAUGGGCUUCUACCUCCACAAUAAACGAGGUCCUUGCCUUAUCUCGCGAGUGAUCAAGGUCAGCUGCAUGAUGGUCUUCAACCACAUCAUCUUUUCGAUCUUCAGAGUCAAGCAUUCUACCGACCCGCCCCUAGCCGCAGCUGAAAUGAGUCUCCCUCAGCCAGAUCCCAACUCUACACUAGGUAAGAAGAAGAAGAAGAACAAGAAGAAUCAGGCGCCUAUCAUUGAUAUCUCCGAAAGCACUAAUCUGAUUGAACGUGAAUUAUUCAUCCCUUGUUCCCACAAAGGGCCCUGCUACGACAACCCGGCGUGCUCAUGUGCGAAAGCCAAGAUACACUGUGAAUGGUUCUGCGGAUGUAGCGACUCCUGUAAACGACGUUUCCGGGGGUGCAACUGCAAAAUCGGCAGUAGAAAGAUGUGCUUUCAGGAUACACGGUGCGAAUGCUGGAAGCUCGGUCGAGAGUGCGACCCUCAUAUCUGCCUCAGCUGUGGCGUGCUCGAUGUCCUGGAUUCUUACAACAAGUACAAGGAUGACAUUCGACAGGGUCGCUGUAGAAACAACCGGAUCCAGUUGGGUGUGCCUGCUAAUACAACCAAGGCGCCUAGCCAGGUACAGGGCUACGGGCUUUAUAAUCUAGUCAAGCUUUCAAAGGGUGAAUACAUCGGCGAGUAUGUCGGCGAGCUCGUCAGCGGAAGAGAGGCCAACAGGAGAGGCGCGCUCUACCAUAUCCAGAACCAGGAAUAUCUCUUCGACCUCAUCGCGUCUCAGGAGAUUGACGCGUCCAGGAACGGCAACAAGAUGAUGUUUAUGAACAACUCGCAAAAAGAAGAGUUCAGGAAUGUGGAGCCCGUGCCUCUUUUAUGCAGUGGACAGGUGCGGAUCGGGCUGUUUGCGAGGCGAGAUGUCAAGGCCGGAGAAGAGCUGCUGUGGAAGUAUGGAUACGGGGAGGAACACACCAAGUAUUUCUGGGAGCCAGGAGAAAAACCGUCCCAUGAAAGAGCACGGAUUCCUCUUUCCUACGACCGUCUAGCACGAACCGCAGGAAUAAACAGGCUAGCUGGAGAAAGUGGCCGCACCACCCAGGAGGAGGGCAGCGAGAACCCCGUGGUACGUCCGUUGCAGAAGCGCAAGAGACAGGUUUCCCAGAGUUCGAGUACCGAUGACGAAUCAGCGUCCAGCUCAGAAAAGGAAACGGUGCGAGAUUUCGAAAUUGACGAUCCGAAGGAUGCAGAUUAUGAGGCUAAUGGAGACGUAUCUGAUGAGGGGAACCUGGAUGAUGACUCUGAAGACUCUGACCUUUACGGCCCGGGUGAUAUACCGUACGUUAAAAGGGCCACGGUGCAACAGCGCAAACGACAAUGAGACGACGGCCCAAGACACAACCGGAAUAAAAAUCGGCUGGAUGGGAGGAGAAGGGCCUCAGGAGCCGCCAGCACAAGAGUCGGCGGUAACAACAAGCAUGGGAAACUCCACAGCCAGUGAUGGUAAAAUACGUGAAAUCUAUUCCUUG